CUCAUUUCUAGCGCAGUGCUGUCAUCAAGAGACGACGUGGUACUCUUAUGCCAUGGGAAAUGACAGCCCUCGCUGCAUAUCCUCACCGAGCGGGCUUAUUUUCAUGUCACCCUUCCCACUCUCCUGGUCGUUCUGUCCAUUCAUAUGUCGUUACAGUCAAUGAUGCCUCUAUGUGCGGUCUCUUGUUGUCUGUGAUUUUCUCACAGGACUCCAUCCUCACAUCGGGUGUGGCCGAUCAAGGCGAUGGAACUGACUCAGAACUGGCGGGGGACUGAGCGCUUACGCCCAUUUUUGGAAUUCAAGCAUGAAACAGACUCGCCGGCUGGUCACAACGUGAACAUAUUUUUGCUCACAUGCGGUGCGAUCGAAGUGAUCAACCCUGGGUGGCAACUCUAUUCUUGGCCUCAUGGACAUUCAAUAUGAUCGGUGCAUGCAAGGCGCACAUGGGGGAAGGAACAGUGACGUUUCCC